CCCCAGCACGAUUUGCGGGAGACCUACAUCUGUCCACUGCUCGGAGAUCGGAUGAUGUUCACGGAAAUGUCUGGGUGGGAUUGUGAUCGAGCCUCGGUCGUUGUUACGGUAUGGCCCCAUGCAAUGCCUUGAGCGAGAGCCGACCUGAUGGGGUGGUGGUGACCGGACGUCAUCCCGCUAUCGAUAAGCCCCGACAGCAUCGCAAACACUCCAGAAUUUCCCGCGUCGCGGCGCGUCUUCCCCAAACACACCCAUCCAUCCUUCCAGUCCCGUCGCGCGAGCCAAAUCAAUGUCAGCGACAAGUAUCGCCCAGCAACAUCAACUACGACGACAUUGAUUUUUCCUUCCCCCCAUCACCCCGAAGAGGAAAGCAAAACAAAAAAACAAGGACAAACAGCUCACGGUUCCCACCCGCCUCGCAAACCCCAUGUCCGCCCCGAACAUCUUCGACUCCUCCGCGCCCGCGCACCUCGGAGGCGUCCGCGGCACCGAAACCGCCCAUCGCAAAAUCGAACUCCAAGCGCCCGAAGAUCUGACUUUCCUCGUGGCGAAGUUGUCGGAGGCGGCGCGGGAGAGGAUCGAGAAGGAGUUUUCCACCGCUGCUGCUGCGGCGGCGGCGACGGAGCAAGGGAAAGAUGGCGGGAUCGGAGUGGACAUCAACGGGGAGGAUCAAGCUGCGCUGAGGAGGAGGGUGGAGGAGCUCGUCGAUGAGUAUGUCCGCGAGACGUUUUCCGCCGCCAAAGAUAGCCUUUCCAUCAACGGCAUGGACUCGCAAGAACUCGAUGCGGAACUGGCCAAAAUCCAAGAAGGUGAAGAACUCGCCCCCUUCGACACCAGCCUCGCCACCAAAAUCCAAUCCCUCUCCACGCAGAUCGAGGCGCAGACCCUGCACCUCGCGAGCGUGCGGCGCAAAGCGCCCGCGCAAUCCGCCCAGCGCUUCCUCUCGAACUUCGAGGCCCAGCUGGCGAGCAGCGCCGCGCGCCUGCGAUCCGACGAGGAGGCCCGGCUCGCCGAGGCCCGGGGCGCGAGCGUGUCGGCGGGGAUCCUGCCGCCGAGGCCCGAGGAGGUCGGCGAGACGUUCCUGCGCGGCGUGCGCGAUCUGCAGGGCGUGAAGGGCGGGAUCGCCGCGACCCUGGACCGCCUGGAGAGGGCGCAGAGGGCGGUGGAGGUCGUCGGGGAGAAGUAGGAGGACGGGGAGGGAGAGGAUGAGCGUGGAUGAGAAUGGAUGUGUUGAUCGGAGGGAGAUGGGGGAGUGGGUGGAUGGUGACGUUGAUUGAUCGAAGCGAGGAUGACGCGACGAGGCGGAUUCCUGGCAGGGAAGAGAGGAGG